GUCUCUCUCUUCCGAUAGAGUUUCUUCCGCUCAUUCAACACCAAACUAUUAAUAUGGUACAUUGAAACCAUUCUCAAAUUAGAAUGUAGAUCUUCUGCAGCUCUGUAAUUAAGGGCCUGCCCCUAUGCAUUGUAAUGCAGCGCUGCAACUGACUUUCAUCGAGUCUGAAUUAAGCUCCCACACGCUUCCUCUUUCGUCUGAUCUCUAUUGCCCUCAUUCAGUGCUUCUCACACUCAUUGAGCAUCAGCGAAAGCUUGGCCAACGGUUCUAAAAGCUCAAGGCCUUCAGUUGAGCAUAAGUUUCGCUUGGCGAAACACGUGUUAAGUGUUGUCUAAUUCAAUGUGCCGUUUAGUUUGUGUAUUCAUAUUCCACUGGCUAUUGUGGAAGCAUGGGCAUGCUUUCGAGGUGCUCUUCGGGGAGAGCUAUCCUGGAUAUCGCAUUGGCUCAGACCUGGACGCAGAGUCGCAGCGCCUGCACAAGCGCGACAUGCAACAGUUUUAUGACAAAGCUGGCUAUAGUUUCAACGGCCUGGAGCGAGUCGCCUCUGUGCCAGUGCCGUUUCCCCUGGACAUUUGCAUGCUGCAGCUGCCCAGCGUGAAGUAUGCCACAACGCUGCACAAGGAUGCGGCAGGUGUGCGCCAGUUCGCUGUGUACGUGUGGCGGGCGGCAGAGCAGGACUAUGAGCUGCUGCUGCAGCAGCCGGCGCCCAAAGCCGUGGCACUAGACUGCCUGGCAUAUGCGGGUCUGGGCUAUGUGGCCCUCAGCUAUAACCACAGUGAGCCCGUGCUGCAGGCGCGCGAUGGUUCGCCCAUCUACGAGCUGUCGCCGGAGCGAGUCAUGCGCACGGUGCAGUACUUUGCCGGCCUGCACUUGCGAGGCAUGUAUCUGAGGAUUAGCAGCCAGGAGCUGACGCUGCUGCAGGCCUACGAGGGGGCCGGCACGAAGAGGCAGCCGAGCUGUCCCUACUUCAAGUGGACUAGUGGCACAUUCCAGCGCCUGGGCGCCAUCCCCUGCAGCAACGCGCGUCGUCUGGAGGCCUUUGGCAUUGACUACGCGGACUACGUGGCGGUGGCCAACUAUGCCAGUCCAGAUGGCCGCACCUCCACCCACUCGGAGAUCUACAAAUACGACCCAACAACGCGCCGCUUUCAGCUCUUCCAACGCCUGCGCACCAAUGGAGCAGUCGAUGUGAAGUACUUCAGUCUGCCCGUGAAUGAAGUCAGCCGCCGCCAUUUCCUUAUAAUGGGCAAUACGGUGGGUGCCGCAGGAGGCGCAGCAGGAGCUGCAGGCAGCGCUGGCGAAGCAGAUACGGUGAUCUAUGUCUUUGAUAAAGGAGAAUUCGUGCCCUAUCAGCGUCUGAGUUUCUAUGGACUGGAACGAUUUUUGCCCGUGACGCACUCAGUUUCGGAAAAGUUUCUGUUAUUUGUGGCCUGCAACAAGCAGGAUGUGAAAAUUUACAAUCUCAACGACUGGAAAUUCGAGCAAUCGACUGUGCAGUUCACCGAAGGCGCCUUCAGCAGGGGCGUGGCACGCAUGCGCAGCUACGAGGAGAACGAGCAGAGCUACUUAGUUAUUGCCAACGAGAACAUGGCCGCCAAUGAGACAAACGUAUUCCAGCCGCUCUAUAAACAGGACGAGCACGCCAAUGUCCUGCGGCAACAAAUCAUCGAAUGGGCGCGCGAACAAACAAAAAGAAUGGAUGCAGUUAAUCUGGAGCAAUUGUUGCUGGCUCUAAAGCAUAAACUCAGCGAACGGGAAAAGCAGCUGCGGAAAAUGCACAUUAAACGCGUAAACACCAAGUCGUUUGUCGAUGUGCAACAGAAACUGACUGCAAACUAUUGGGAUGCUCUGCGUUAUGCAAAGCGUGCGUUGGACGUUAUCGAAAUGGAUGCAGCUCGGGCUCAGCAUCAUCCCGUCAAGCGGGAUGGAGUGCAGCAGCCGAAGGAGCAACACGAGUUCGAUGAGAUAACAGUUGGUACGCUGGUGGUGCACGCGGCAUUGCAGGCGGAGCGGAUUAAUGGGGUGGACAGACAGAAGCCCAUCUACGAGUCGGUCAGCGCCGGCAAAGUGUAUGUGAGCGAGGAGUACAAGGAGGCGGCCAAGGAUCUGCCAGCGCCUGCAUUGGAGCAACUGACGUUGCAGGAAUUGCAGCUGUCGGGUAAACUGAAUGGCCACGACUGGACCCAGCUGCUGGAGCAAACGCUGAAGCGACGCGGCAACGAGGUCCAAUUCAUCAAGGCAGCCGCCGACAUCAGCAACCUGAAGGCCGAGGCAGUCAGAGUCAACAGCAAUGAGAUCAACGAGCGGCCACUCGGCCAGCUGGUGUCCAUCGAUGCUGGAGACUACGUCGUGCAGCAGGACGUACAAUUCGCACAGCCCAUCGAGGUGAAUCGGCUAAACAUCAACCAGCGGCUCAAUCACAUACACGUGGACAGGCAGCGCUUCGACGUGCUGCUCCAUGAGGCGAACCACACCCAGGUGAUUGAGGGCACCAAGCGAUUCGAGAAUAUUCGUGUGCUGGAGCCGAUUACCAUUUCGGGUCAACUACUGGGCGCCGAGCUGAGUGCCAUGUCGCCAAUGAAAGUAUCAGAUCAGCCGCUCGAGCUGCAGGGCGACUAUGUGAUCAAUGGCGAUGUCACAAUUGGACAACUUCUGCAAGUGCAGGAGCUGCGCGAUGCAUCCUCACAGAGAUCGGCAGUUGGAAUACUGCAGGAGGCACUGCACGUGGAUCAACCCUUAGACAAUUUGAACCUGCGCUUUGAGCAGCCACUGAACGCCAACAAUACGCAGGUGAGCUUCAUCAAUACCCAGGACGUGCAGGAGCUGGUGCAGCUGAAUGUGGACCAGGUGCAGGUGAUUGAAGGCGCCAAGCGGCUGCCCCAGAGCCUUACCAUACUCAACGGCUUUGGCGAGGUCAAUCUGGUCAACGGCAUCAACGUGGAGCAGCUACCGCAGCAGCUGCUGCUGAAGAGCAGCAACCAAAGCUUCAAGCAUCCAAUGCAGCUGGCGGGCCUGGAUGCGCCUCACUUAAAUGCCACCAAGCUGCUGCUGAAUGGAAUGGAGUUGCAUGCAUAUAUGCAACACGGCGGGGAGCAGCGCUCCAAUAGCAGCUUGUACGUGGAUCAGCUGCAGGCGGAGCAUCUCACCGUCGAGCAGCUGCACAUGCAUGGCCAGAUCUUUGGCCACACCCUCGAGGAGCUCUACAAGCAGGGCGCCCAGCGCCCGCACAGCUGGCAGUUGCCGGAGCACUUCAAUGGCACGAUCGAGGCACGCAACGUGUGGCUCAAGGGGCGCAUAAACAAUGCCACCGUGGCAGAGGUGGAGCAGCAGCUCCAGCAGCUGGCGGGCAACAUCAAAUACGUGGGCGACUUCACCUUUCGCCAUGCUGUCAACGUGAGCGGUCUCACCUUUGGAGACACUCUAAACGGUAUCUCAGCCCAAAGAUUCGGGCACUGCUGGCUACAGAGCAGCGGCCCGCAGCUGUUCACAGCCCCGCAAGUCUUUGCAUCUCUAGCCAGCGAUAAGGAUGUGCAGUUGAAGGGGCGACUCAACAACUACACGCUGGAGCAGCUGGUCAAAGACAGCUACAGGUUGAAUGGCACGGAACACUUGCCCGCAGUCAAAUUUGUGAAUCCGAUUGUGCUGCAGCAGUCGCUGAGUGUGGGGCGUGUGAAUGGAUUGCGCGUGCCAGAGGAUAUGCUGCAUGCGCAAGGUGGCGGCACGCUGCAGGCGCCAUUCAAGGUCAAAGGUCAUGUGGUGAUGCUAUCGCCGCAGCACGUCUGCAAUGUGAGCAGCCUAAACGACUACCAGCUAGAUGCACUCAAACAUUACCUUGAAGGCGGGGCAACGGGCGAGCUGGACACGUUGCACGUGGAGCAGGCCGAGUUUGCAGUGCCCCCGAUCUAUGACAAGCUGAACGGGCAUCAGUUGCAGCAACUGCUCGACGAGCUCUGGCUAGACAACGAGUUUGUGGAACUGCAAGCUGUGAAGCUGGCCAAUGCCAGUUUUAACGGGCUGAUGGAGUUUGAGGGCACACUAAACGGUUUGGAUGUGGAGCAUAUCGAACGCAAUUACUUUAGCCGUACGCGCAGUCAGCGUCUAAAUGUGCCGUUUAAUUUCGAGAAUGACGUCACUUUUGCAGAAACGCUGACCGCCAAGCAAGUACAGCUACGUGUCAAAGAUGGCGCACUUGUUGAGGGCAUUGGCAACUUCCCAUUAAAUUUCGAGGAUUUCGUGGAAAAUUCAUUAAAAACCUCUGGUCUACAAACCAUAACAGCACAAUGGCGUCUACCUGUAGCUCAAGUUGAGGGAGAUCUAAAUAAUGUGCGUGUUAAUCAAUUAAAUUUAUUCGACGACGUUCUGCGCAAGGAUAAUCCGGGCGUCACUGUAAUAGAUGCACCCAAAACCGCACAGACUGCAACAAUUAAACGUCUCUUUGCCACGACCAGCAGCACAGUAGCUAACGUUCCGAUUGCGCAAUGGAUCAACAAUACGGUUUACACCUAUGGUAAUCACACCAUUGCCGGCACCACGGUCAUGGAAACCCUGAAUCUCUACAACGACCUGCGGGUUGUGGGUCCAGUGAAUGGCGUUCACUGGCAAGCGGAUCAAUUGCUUCUUUGUGAUCGGGAGCAGUAUAUACGCGGCUCGCUGCUGGUGAAGAACGCGCUUCCGGAGCAACAGCGUAUCCUGAGUAGCAACAUCGAAGAGCUCUGGGUGGAUAACAUCAAUGGGCUGAAUGUGAAUGAGCUGCUGGUCAACAAGGCUCACAAUCGUCCCAAUUUGCAUGUGGCCAGCCAGCUGAUAUUCACUCAGCCACUGAGCGUGGCCAACUAUGAGCUGGGGGAUGUGCCAGCUGGAAGCAACAAAUGGAAACGUGGAGUAGAUGCUGUAAACAAUUGGCAGCAGUUAAAUGAGCAAGUGGCUGCAGUGCAGCGACGCCUCACAGCUCCUUCUUUUGUGCUGCAAAGCUUUGCUCUGCUGCAACAUCUGCCGCUAAAUGCAAGUCGUCUGGAGCUGCUGCAGGAGCCGAGCAGCAAGACGGAAGUGCUGGCCAUUUGGCAGAACCACCAGGAUCUGGACCAAGUGAAUGCCUAUGCGUGGCAGUCGCAGCAGCAACAAUUCAUAUACAAUGCAAGCCUGGCGCAACUAUUGCAACCCGAUGAGAAAUUUGCCAAUGCGCACAGCGAUCGCUUUUCAGCUGUCAAGAGCAACGCCUUGUUCCUAAGCCCCUUGCGUCUGCAGUUCCAAGAUUGUUUAGCAGUGCAGAAGCAGCUCUCAGCACUGGACAUCUAUUGUGCAGCCAAUGAUAGCAUUGAUAGCACUAUCACUCGGCAAGCCACGAUUCCAACUGGGCAAGUGAAACAGCUGAUAGAUCCAACUGCGGACAGGAAUGCCUAUGUACUGGCCCUGCUUGUCGCCAACUCUGUGGAGUUUUGGAAGUGGACCUCAGAUGGCAACUAUAUGCUGCAGCAGCGACUGUCACUGAUGCAGGCUGAGCAAAUGACGCUGGCGAGGCACGAGAAUCGUAGCUUCCUGGCCGUCUUGACUGCAGCCCCAGCACCCGCCAUUUACGUAUACAGUAAGGACAGUAAUGCGCUGGACUACCAGCUGGCGCAAAUCUUUGACUUGGAGGAGUCUGUGCAACCGCGUCAGCUACUUCUCAUGCAUCUGCACAAAUCCAAGGAUCUGCUGCUCUGUUUAAGCAAUGCUUCGCCCACACAAACGCUGCGAAUUUACCAGCAUCAAGGAGUGGCAGGCUUUCAGCAGCUCCUAGGCGAGAGCACAUUGCCUGCUGCACUCUCACUGCAAAGAUUGGAAUUAGCGGAAAAACAGCUUUUGGCUUUAUCCAAUGGAGAGGGCAUAUAUUUAGUUGGUCCACAAUUUAUAAGGCUCUAGUCUCAUGCUAAAUUAAUUAUUUUG